CUUGGAUCGAGGUUCCACGCAGCCGCAGUGGGGCUCAGCACUGUGCUCACCGGGUGCUGCACCCGCAUCCGCAUCUGCAUCCCUGAGACUUCAAUGUGGAUUCUAAGGAGAUCGUCGCCAUCCCCCCUGCCAUGGAUCGAGCAGAGGAGGCGCACAUCUGCAAAGCCUGUGGUGUGCAGUUCUCGCCGCAUCAGAAUCUACCUUCGGUGUGUCCCAUCUGCUCCGACGAACGCCAAGCUGUUCCCAAGGAUGGGCAACAAUGGACGACUCACACGCAGCUGAAGAAUGGCCCGUAUAUGAAUAAGUGGACUAAGUAUGAACCGGGCUUGUAUGCUUUCAAUACGGAGCCAAAAGUAGGAAUUGGGCAGCGUGCUUUUCUUAUCCAGACAGCCCAUGGUAACAUCUUAUGGGAUUGUGUAUCGCUGCUGGAUGACGCGACAAUUGACAUCGUGAAAGCACUAGGAGGCCUUAAGGCCAUUGCUAUUUCACAUCCUCAUUAUUAUGCAAAUAACGCACAGUGGAGCUCAGUUUUUGGAAAUGUACCCGUUUAUAUUCAUGAGAAGGAUAAGAAAUGGGUGAUGUGGGAGCACGAGAAUGUGAAGUUCUGGAGUGGGGAGACGCUUCGUGUGCUGGAAGGUGCGACUUUGAUACAUCUGGGAGGCCACUUCGCAGGAGGUCAAAUCCUUCAUUGGGCCGAGGCAGUUGAUGGCAAAGGCGCCUUGUUAUCAGGGGAUAUCAUACAAGUGAAUGCGCUAGACCAUACAACUGUGAGUGUCAUGCGUUCCUACCCCAAUUACAUUCCCUUGUCAGCCAGCCACGUCCACCGCAUCGCGGCACGACUGGAGCCCUGGGCAUUUGAGCGCGUCUACGGAGGGUUUUGGAACUAUGAAGUUAUGAAGGACGGCAAAGCGAGGGUGGAAUAUUCUCUCCAACGAUAUAUCAAAUGGCUUACUGAUGAUGAUCCGGAUGUGUAGCAGUUGUCGGUUUCUGUAGCUCUUAGCGUUCGAGUCCUCUUCCUCUCUGUUGACGAAACGUUGCCAUGCUGGGAAAAGGUGGAUAAAUGUCCAUCUGUGCGCGUGUUGGACAUGAGACAAGAUGAAGGUAUCUGAUGUGCUCUUCUACAUGUAGGCCCGUAGCUCAUACACACUUAACUUUGUUACAAGGCCUUAGUGCUCAAGUCUUAAACCGCGCUGGGUUAUGUAUACUCACCUCACCUCUGGCUUGUUUACUGGCAUUGAAAGAGGCAAUGAUACUCGAGAUAUAGAAUGUGGCUCCAUCAUUAAAUCCAGCCUUUUCAUUGAGUUCUAGGGA